AUGAACCCGACUUUCAAAUAAUCUCAACAAUUAGAAAAUAACAGUAAUAUUAUGGGAAGUAGUGCUGGAUUUAAUAGAAAAAUUAAAUUAACCUCUUAGAGACCUGGAAGUAGAGACUAAAAAUUAAAAACAGGAGAAAUGUAUUUUAAAAUAUAUUUAACUAAAUAGAUUUCCAUAAUUUUAAGAUCAAUUAGCUACAAAUCCAUUUAAUUUGUUAAGUAUUAACCUCUAUUAGGAUGAAAAUACAUUUAUUACAACUUUGAAAGCAGAACUUCUAUAAAUACAAGAAGAAAUCAAUAAAUUAGAUAUUGAUGGGCGUGUACUAAUAAACAAUUCAUCUUUAGAUUCGAAAUAAUGACCCAAGACAAGAAUAUAGAUUACAAUAGGUUAAAAAAUGGGUUGCUUAAUAUUCAUCCUCUAAAUUCACACUUGAAAAAUUAAAUAAUAUUGAUAUUUCAUAACUCCUAACUGUAUUAGAUGUUAGAACUUUAGAGUAAUAAUUUUAAUGCUAUUUAAGGUAAGCUGUUGUCAAACUCUAUAAAUUCAUAUCUAUUAUGGAUAAUUUAAUAAUGAAAAUUACAGAAUAUGAGGCUGUUCAUUUAAUCAAAUUUGAUGAAUUAUUUACUUCAUUAUGUCCUAAUCAUUAAGAAAAUUUGCAAUCAAUAUCUGUUUUAAAAUUUCCAGUUUCUAUUGCUAAUUUAAAUCGCAUGACUGAAUUAUAUUAAGUUAAAUAAGAUAGGAAUUAGCCAUAAAAGAUAAUAAAUGAUAAUAGCAAUAAUUAAAUCUUCCUUAAAUAAAUUAAGUAAAAAGAUGACUAAAUAAUUGAAUUAAAUACAACAAUAAAAUAAUUAUAAUUAUAAUUGUAAGUAAGUAUGAAGGGAAAUAAUAAUAAUAAUAAUAAUAAUAAUAAUAAUAAUAACAAUAAUAAUUAACAUUCUAUAGAAUAAAUAUUAUAAAUAAAAAAUGAAUAUGAAAUCAAAUUACAGAAAUAGAGCGAGAUUUUAACUUAAAAAAAUGAUAAAGAAAUAGAAAUUUUAUAAUCAUAAAUUGAAUAAUUUUAGAAAUAAUUAAUAUAAUUAAAGAAUUAUUAUGAAAAAUAAAUAGCUGAUUUGAUAUAAUAAAAUUAAUAAGAAUAAUUAAACACAAAAUCUUAGUAUGAAGAUAAAUUAUAAUAAUAAUAAUAAUAAUAAUCAUCAUCAUCAUAAAUUUAGACAUAAACAUAAAUAUAAUCAAAUAAUGUUGAAAAAGAUCAUAAUUAUUAUCAAAAGAUUUUAGAUAAAGCUUAAUAAGAAUAUAAUGAAAGAUAUCAAAAUUUAGAAAAUGUAAUCUUAUUUAUACAAUAUAGGAUCUAAUCAAAUUAAGAAAUUAAUUGUUAGAAAAAUAAACAAUAAUUGAUAGUUUAUAAAGAGAAGUUUAAUAAUGGAAAGAAACAGCUGAUAGAUUAAAUAAAGUUAAAGUAUUUUCAAUAAAUAUAAUUAGGAUGAAAUUUAUCAACAAUUUUAAAAGAGAUAUACAACUGAAGAAUAAUUUUCAAAUUCUUAUGAAGCAGCAUUAAAAUUAGAAUUUGAAACAAUGAAAAAAGCUUUUGAAUAAAAAAUACAAAAAUAUUAAUAAGAUUUAGAUUAAUAAAGAAGAGAAACAGGAAAAUAAUUAAAUGAAAUACGUAUGUAGUUAGAAAGAGAAUAAGAAACUAAAAAAUUAUUAUUGAAUAAACUUAGUUUAUAUAGUUGA